AUGGUUCUGGUCGCACCCGCUCUCUUCGUCAACCACGGCGGUGGUCCACUACCGUUGCUUGGAGAUAAGGACCAUAUGGGAUUGACGAUUUUUCUUAGAGACGAAGUGAAAAAGCACGUUAAUUUCAAGGAGUUAAAAGCCAUUAUCCUUGUGACAGCGCACUGGCAGGAAAAACAGGUGACAAUAUCGUCUAAUGACCACCAUGACCUUUAUUUCGACUACUACGGAUUCCCACCAGAAUCUUACACUUACAAGUAUAACGCACCUGGUCACCCAGAUUUAGCAAAGCAGAUACAUUCAGCAUUAUCUGACGCUGGGAUUAGUUCUAAAUUGGAUCCGAAGCGUGGCUGGGAUCAUGGAGUCUUUGUUCCCAUGAUGCUUAUGAACCCAGAAGCCAACAUCCCAAUCGUACAAAUCUCCGUACUUAAGAGUCAAGAUGCAGCAGCACACUAUAAAAUCGGUGAGGUUUUGCACAAAUUUCGAAAAGAUUAG